UGCAUAGUAACCCUAGACUGACCUCCUCGAAAGAUGGCGUGAUUUGAUAGAACGUCUGUUAAGUUUCAGGGCGCAUACCCGACGUUUUAAUUUCGCUUUAAAGUUUUUAGAAAACCGUCACGUGUAGUAAUGGUAGCGUCCGGCUGACGUCAUCCAGGGCGACGACGGCUGAAGCACCGCCGCAUUGUAGCGACAGGCGCUUCAGAGGAAGGUUGUUGUGGAAUGAGGCAGGAGUUUCAUCGAGAAUCGAAAGUACCUUAUCACUGGGCGACAGACAGACCGUAAAUAGAAAAGACCACUUUGUUACUGUUACGUCUAGAUGGAUGUGAAAGAGGAGCCGUGUGAGGCUCACACGAAUAUCAUGGAGAGCAGGAGCAUAAAUGUUAUGGAAGAAGAUCUUAAACAGGAGAGCCUGGGCAUUAAGGAGGAGGACAUUGAACUGGGGUCCGUGGGCAUUAAAGAAGAGGCUGAAGAGACGUGUGUCAGCAGUAUGACUGACAUCCAGACAAAUGUGAAGGGUGUCAAGGAAGAAGACCUUCAUCAUGGAUGUGAAAAUGAUGCAGUGACCGGGUUAGUCUUCUCUCAGAGUGGACACUCUUCACCCCCGGAGUCUUCUGUCAAUGUGAAGUCUGAGUCAUUCCAGUCUGACAUGGAGGGGUCUGAAGACAUUUCAUCUCUUAAGACUCAGGAACAUCAGCCACCACCUACAAAGAAGACUAGAAAAGGAGGCAAAUCUCACAGCUAUUCUGAAUGUGACAAACAAUUCUAUAAGAUGAGUAAUCUUCAGAGCCACAUUAGAAAUCAAACUGGCGAGAAGCCAUAUGGUUGUUCUGAAUGUGGCAAACGGUACCUUCACAAGUCUAAUCUUUACAUCCACAAACGCAUUCACAGAGGAGCGAUGCCAUAUCGCUGUUCUGAAUGUGGCAAACAAUUCAUUUACCAGUCUAAUCUUUACAUCCACAAACGCAUUCACAGUGGAGUGAAGCCAUUUUGCUGUUCUGAUUGUGGCAAAUCAUUUUCACAAUUGUGCACCCUUAAGAACCACGCAAGGAUUCACACGGGGGAGAAGCCAUAUUGCUGUUCUGAUUGUGACAAACGCUUUACAAAAAAAAGUAGUCUUCAGGUUCACCAAAAAAUUCACGCAGACAACAAGCCGCAUUGCAGUUCUGAUAGUGACAAGAGUAGUCUUCAGAACCGUCGAAAGGUUCACACUGGGGAGAAGCCAUAUGGAUGUUCUGAAUGUGGCAAACGAUACCUUCACAAUUCUAGUCUUCAGAUCCACAAACGCAUUCACAGUGGAGAGAUGCCAUAUUGCUGUUCUGAAUGUGGCAAAAAAUACAGUCAUAAGUAUAGUCUUCAGAUCCACAAACGCAUUCACAGUGGAGAGAUGCCGUAUUCCUGUUCUGAAUGUGGCAAAUCGUUUUUACAAUUAUACAUCCUUCAGAAACAUGCAAGAAUUCACACGGGGGAGAAGCCGUAUUCCUGUUCUGAUUGUGACAAACGGUUUACGCAAAAAAGUAGUCUUCAAGUUCACCAAAGAAUUCACACAGGAGAGAAGCCAUAUUGUUGUUCUGAAUGUGGCAAACAAUUCUACGACAAGAGUCAUCUUCGGGUCCACACAAGACUUCACACUGGGGAGACGCCUUAUCGCUGUUCUGAAUGUGGCAAACAUUAUUUACAAAAAGACCAUCUUGAGAGCCACAAAAGAAUUCACACAGGAGAGAAGCCCUAUUCUUGUUCCGAUUGUGGCAAAUUGUUUUCACAAAUAGGCCAUCUAAAGAGCCACACAAGAAUUCACACAGGAGAACGGCUAUAUUGUUGUUCUGAAUGUGGCAAGAGAUUCUAUGACAAGAGUCGUCUUCGUAACCACCAGAGAAUUCACACAGGUGAGAAGCCCUAUUGUUGUCCUGAAUGUGGCAAAUUGUUUUCACGAUUAUACCUCCUUAAGAACCACACACGAAUUCACACAGGGGAAAAGCUGCAUUGCUGUAAUGAGUGUGACAAACAGUUUACCAAAAAAAGGUCUCUUGAGGCUCACCAAAGAAUUCACACAGGUGAGAAGUCCUUUUGUUGUCCUGAAUGUGGCAAAUUGUUUUCACGAUUAUACCUCCUUAAGAACCACACACGAAUUCACACAGGAGAGAAGCUGCAUUGCUGUAAUGAGUGUGACAAACGGUUUACCAAAAGAAGUUCUCUUGAGGCUCACCAAAGAAUUCACACAGGUGAGAAUCCCUAUUGUUGUUCUGAAUGUGGCAAACAAUUUUGUUACGAACGUAGUCUUCAGGUUCACCAAGGAAUUCACACAGGAGAGAAGCCCUAUUGUUGUUCUGAAUGUGGCAAACAAUUUUGUUACAAGCGUAGUCUUCAGAUUCACCAAGGAAUUCACACAGGAGAGUGGCAAUAUUGUUGUUCUGAAUGUGGCAAGCGAUUCUAUUGCAAGAGUCGUCUUCUUAUCCACCAAAAAAUUCACACAGGAAUAAAGUCAUAUAGUUGUUCUGACUGUGGCAAAUUAUUUUCACAAGAAGACCAACUUAAGAGCCACACAAGAAUUCACACAGGAGAGAAGCCCUAUUGUUGUUCUGAAUGUGGCAAACAAUUUUGUCACAAGCGUAGUCUUAAGAUUCACCAAGGAAUUCACACAAGAGACUGGAAAUAUUGUUGUUCUGAAUGUGGCCAGGGAUUCUCUUGCAAGAGUCAUUAUCUUAUUCACCAAAGAAUUCACACAGGAGAGAAGCCGUAUUGCUGUUCUGAUUGUGGCAAACAGUUUACAAACAAAAGUGGUCUUCAAGUUCACCAAAGAAUUCACACAGGAGAGAAGCCAUAUUGUUGUUCUGACUGUGGCAAAGUGUUUUCACAAAAAGCCCAGCUCAAGUGCCACACAAGAAUUCACACAGGGGAGAAGCCGCAUUGCUGUAAUGUGUGUGACAAACGGUUUACCAAAAGAAGUUCUCUUGAGGCUCACCAAAGAAUUCACACAGGAGAGAAUCCCUAUUCUUGUUCUGAAUGUGGCAAACGAUUUUGUUACGAGCGUAGUCUUCAGGUUCACCAAGGACUUCACACAGGAGAGAAGCCCUAUUGUUGUUCUGAAUGUGGCAAACAAUUUUGUUACAAGCGUAGUCUUCAGAUUCAUCAAAGAGUUCACACAGGAGAGAAGCCUCCUGGCAGUUCUGACCAUGACAAACAAUUCAAUGAUGAGAGUAGUCUCCUGAACAAUCAAAUGGUUCAGACAGAAGAGAAGAAAACACCAAGUUUUAUAGAAUGUUAAGUGAGGAGAACUCCCUAAAAGUAACUUGACCUCCAGAGG